CCCAGCAAGAAACAUGGAGGAGCCCGGGGAUCCCCAGUCCAACCCAAGCUCCUCGUCCUCACCUUGGCGGUGCGCGGGGGUCUCGGUGUCCACGGAGCUGCUGACGGCGGGGAGCGGCAGCCAAGGAGGUAUAUGGGACAGGUUGCUCAUCAACUCCAAGCCUAAUUCCAGAAAGAAUUCCACUCUCCAUACAGUUCGGAUAGAGAGAAGUCCCUUAUUGGACCAACUACAGAGCUUUCUCCCACACAUGGCUCAGGCAAAUGAAAAGCUAAGAAGAGAAAUGGCAGCUGCAGCACCUGGUUGUUUCAAUAUUGAAAAUAUUGAUGGGGCUCUGGGAAAAGUGAUCCAAAUGGAUGUGGCUUUGUUUGAGAUGAAUCGGUCCAAUUCAAAAGAAGAGGAUAGUUCAGAAGAGAAUUCACAAGACAGUUCAGAGGACAGUUCGGAAUCGGAGGAUAAAGAUGACAGCACCUCUUCUGAAGUCACCAUCGAUAACAUUAAGCUUCCUCACUCAGAAGAGGGCAAAGGCAAGAUAGAGGUUUUGGACAGUCCUGCCAGUAAAAAAAAGGAAUAAUGUAAUAAAUGACCUAAGAAACA